AUGGAGGCUGUCAUCAGGGAGCGGCAUUGCACCCUCAUUAGUCAGUGUUCCCAAGACUUCCUCAAGGCCAAGGCUAAGGCCGAGACUUUGGACUUCAUUGAUGUGCUCCUGCUGGCCAAGGAUGAAGAUGGGAAAGAACUGUCAGAUGAGGACAUCCAAGCUGAGGCUGACACCUUCAUGUUUGAAGGUGAGGGUCCCAGUCCCAGAGACCCAAGCCUGUCUGGCUGCCCCUCAGGCCAUGACACCACAGCCAGUGGCCUCUCCUGGGUCCUGUACAACCUUGUAAAGUACCCAGAAUACCAGGAGCGCUGCCAGCAGGAGGUACGAGAGCUCUUGAGGGACCGUGAGCCUAAAGAGAUUGAAUGGGUGCUGCAGCUGAGCCUCUCCUGGCUGGGACUCGGGCCGGUGGCAGCCUCCCCGUGGCUGCUCUUGCUGCUGGUCGGGGCCUCCUGGCUGCUGGCCCGCGUCCUGGCCUGGACCUACACCUGCUACAGCAAUUCUCGCCGCCUCCAAUGUUUCCCGUAGCCCCCAAAACGCAACUGGUUCUUGGGUCACCUGGGCCUGGUCCCUCGAAUGGAGCAGGGCUUGAGAGACUUCACUCUGCUGAUGGCCAACCACUCCCAGGGAUUUAAGAUCUGGUUGGGGCCCAUCACCUCCUUGGUCAUUUUCUGCCACCCUGACUUGAUCCGGUCUGUCACCAGUGCCUCAGCUGCCAUCGCACCCAAGGACGUGGUCUUCUAUGACUUUCUGAAGCCCUGGCUGGGGGAUGGGCUCCUGCUGAGUGCUGGUGAUAAGUGGAACAGGCGCCGUCACAUGCUGACACCCGCCUUCCACUUCAACAUCCUGAAGCCCUAUAUGAAGAUUUUCACCAAGAAUGCAGACAUCAUGCAUGCCAAGUGGCAGCGCUUAGUCACGGAGGGCCACACCCAUCUGGACGUGUUUGAACACAUCAGCCUCGUGACCCUGGACAGUCUGCAGGAAUGCGUCUUCAGUUUCGACAGCAAUUGCCAGGAGAAGCCCAGUGAAUAUAUUGCUGCCAUCUUGGAGCUCAGUGCCCUAGUGGCAAAGCGGCACCAGCAGAUCUUCCUGCACGUAGACCUCCUGUACUACCUCACCCCCGACGGGCGGUGCUUCCUCAGGGCCUGCCGCCUAGUUCACGACUUCACAGAUGCUGUUAUCCAGGAGCGGCGGCGUACCCUCCCCAGUCAGGGCAUUGAUGACUGCCUCAAGGCCAAGGCUAAGGCCAAGACCUUGGACUUCAUUGAUGUGCUCCUGCUGACCAAGGAUGAAGACGGGAAGGGAUUGUCAGAUGAAGAUAUCCGAGCUGAAGCUGACACCUUCAUGUUUGAGGGCCAUGACACCACAGCCAGUGGCCUCUCCUGGAUCCUGUACAACCUUGUAAAGCACCAAGAAUACCAGGAACGCUGCCGGCAGGAGGCGCAAGAGCUCCUCAGGGACCGUGAGCCUAAGGAGAUUAAAUGGUGA